GCGAGAAGUCCAGAGAGUGCCAGACCCUUGGUUUUCUGGAGCUCGGGCCCCAGAUCCUUGUUCCAGAGUUGCUGAGAUUGGAUUGAUCCGGUUCAAAGUCUGCUGGAACUGGGAAUCUGCUUUGAAAUCCAGAUCCAUUAACUGGGAAGAGCUUCUGGUGCCACAGGAGCUGGAGACUUGGACCCAGAGCUUGGUUUUGGCAUUGUGGCAGGCCCAGUCCAGAUCCUGGUUCUGAAUUCAGUGGGCUGGGAAGACUGAAACUUGGUUCUGCUGCUGCCACAUCUUGGAGUCCAGAUCCAAUAACUAGGACUUGCAUCUGCCCUCCUGUGAGCAGAAAGACAUCAGUCUAGGCCCUGGUUCCGACCCACUGGGUUAACUGGGACCUGGUUUUGACCUCAUUGGAGCAGGGAGACCUGGUCUGCGAUUGUACCCUUCCUGGAACAGAGAAAUCCCUGCCUACUGCCCAGCCACGCAUCCUGUCCUUUUGCAGUGUGAAAAUUCAGCUCCACAUCUUAUACCCCAUGUCCCGGCCCUUAAUGCUGCUACUGUUGGUACUGGCACUGGUGCUGAAUGCAGUGCCUGGGGCCAGCCUCAAGGACUGCUACUUCUGUGAGGUGACAUCAUCACAGAAAUGCCCCAGCACGCUCAUGAGCUGCGACAAUGAUGAGGACUGCUUUGUGGGCCGUGGUGUGGCCCUGGGUGUCUCUGUGGUGCAGAACAAGGGCUGUACCAGAGCUAUCAACUGUGGCAAGGAGCACCCCAUCACCCACAUGGGUGUCACUUACAGCCUGGUCACUCAGUGCUGCAAAGGGGCCCUGUGCAAUGCAGGCACUGCCCUGCCCCGCCUGCCUGGCUUUGGCCUGCUCCUGGCACUGGGCCUCGCCUUCCUGCUGGGGCGCCCCUGAGCCUGCCCAGGAGAGAGGGGGACUGGGAUCUAAUAAAAAC